AUGGCGGCUCCAGCCUCUGCUGCAGAGGCAGAUGCCGCCGAUCUCGCCGCGGCUGCAGAAAACCUCAUCGAAGACUGGGAAGAUGCAGCUCGUUCGGGGCAAACUGAGGAGUACGUCCAGGUCCUUGAAAGGGCGAAGAAGCUCGCGCAGCAGCUCGAGCAGAAGCAGCUGCAUGAGCACCAGCUCCCUCUCACGCCAGCCUUCAAAGAUGCUCGCGGUAAUACCGCGCUGCACUAUGCAGCAGCCAACGGCCACGUGGACCUCGUGAGCUUCCUUCUAAGCCAAGGCGUCGAUCUAGAAGGCAACACAAGCGGUAACACGGCCCUCCACUGGCUCGUUCUUACCAAGCAAAAGGAGCUUCUGCAGCUGCUCUUGCGGGAGGAGGCGCAGCAGCGCAGCAGCUGCCCUCUACACAGGUCAGCAGCCUCAGACAAGCGGCCAGACAACGAAGCAGAAGCAGCAGAAGCAGCAGCAGCAGAGGCAGAGGCAGAGGCAGAAGCAGCAGAAGCAGAGGCAGAAGCAGCAGAAGUAGCGGCGAAAGCUAUCCCGGCGGAAAGCUGCAGCUGCCGACUUCACGUUGAUGUGCUGCGACAGAACGAUUUUGGAAAAUCUGCGCUCUCCGAGGCAUUUACUGCCGGCGACAGUGACAUCCUGCAGCUGCUCUUAGAGCACCAUUCUGCUGCACAGCUGGAGAAGGAUCCUCUGAAGCCGACAGGGAAGGCGCAUAUGGCAGCCGCUGAAGCGCCGAAUGGCCUUUCAAGAGAAAAGAAACUCCAGCAACAAGAGCAGCAACAAGAGCAGGGAAGUGUUGUAGGUGCAGCAGCGAGCGCUGUAGUGGCCAGCAGUGCAACGCAUGUCUUGCAGUUUGGCAAUUAUUCGAUCAGAUGCCGCGAAAUCGCGUUGGAUUGGAAGGGCGAGGUUUUUUCUACAGUGAACAAUGCCUGGAAAGACGAUACGACAGGCGUGGCUUUGUGGGCAUCUUCUCUGGUGGGAGCGCAGUGGCUAGCGCAUCUUGCACAGCAGAAUCCCACUCUAUUCGCAGACAAGGCUGUUCUCGAGCUAGGUGCUGGCUGCGGUGUUUUGGGGUUGCUAUGCGCAGCCAUGCAAGUGUCUCCCGCCAGCGUCACUUUCACGGAUGUCUUCCCCCAAACCCUCGAAAAUCUGCGGCACAACUGUCGUUUAAACAACCUCCCCAUUGAUCAGCAGCUGCCAGCAGAGGCAGUCGUCCCCACAGUUGCCAGCGUUUUGCGGCUCGACUGGUGCGAUGUGUCCACCUGGCCAAAGGACGAAACAGGGGAUACAAAGACGUUUGACAUCAUAGUUGGCAGCGAUCUGAUAUACGAGGCUUCAGGGGUGCAGUUCCUUGUCACUGCCAUCAGCAGCCUCCUUAAGCCUAAGACAGGGCGUUUGUACUACAUCCAUAGGCUAUCCAGAGAUGGUGCUUCCACCAUUGCAGACAGCUUGCGGCGUGCGGGUUUAAAAGUGGAGGAACUUUCUCCCCCCGACGACUAUUUGCAAAACUGCCUCUCUGGGAAAAGCAACCGUGAAUUUUACAUGCUCUUCAAUGAGCUCGAGCUCGAGACUGACUUUGUUCUUUUGCGCGCCGCAUGGCGCUAG